AUGACCGUCAACAAUAACGAGGAUGCUACACCUCAAGUCUUUUGGAGAGCGAGUGCCAACACAGUCGAAUUUACUGACAUUUCCGAGCCGACAACGUUUGAAGAUGCUGUUGGUGGACCAGAUCAAGUGCAUUGGCGUAAAGCAAUCUGUGCCGAGCUGGACUCGAUGAAACUUCGUGGCAUAAAAAGGAAAGCUGAUGGAUCCAUCGAGAAAUGCAAGGCGCGUCUCGUGGCAAAAGGGUUCAAGCAGAAAUAUGGCAUCGACUACACGGAGACGUUUUCGCCGGUGGUCAAGUACGUGACGCUGCGCAUGGUGGUUGCAAUCACGAAGUACUUUGACUGGACACUGGACCAACUGGACGUGGUGACAGCUUUCCUAUACGGAGAAAUGAAGAGCAGGUAUUCUGCGUGA